AUGGCGCAGGGUUUCUCGUCCCUCCCCAUUGCCCGCCCCAUGCGUGCCUCUGCUGGGAAUGCUCGGCCCCUACAGUCUCGGUCUCACAGGCGGUGCCGGGCAACACCCCUAAGAGUCACAGCCUCCGGUCAGAACGUGCUGCUCCUCGGCUCUGGAGGCAGGGAACACGCCCUUGCCUGGAAGCUUGCCCAGUCGCCCGACUGCGGUCGCCUGUUUGUGGCGCCUGGGAACGCAGGGACGGCCCUGGAGCCCAACAUGACCACCGUCUCGGGGCUGAAUCCCUCCAACCACAAGCAGGUGAUCGACUUCUGCCGCGGCAACGGCAUCCAGCUGGUGGUGGUGGGUCCGGAGCAAUACCUGGUCGAGGGCGUGGUGGACGCGCUGACGGAGGUCGGGGUCGCGGCCUUCGGCCCCAGCGCCGCCGCGGCGGCGCUGGAGGGCUCCAAGGCCUUCAUGAAGGGCCUGACCGCCAAGCACGGCAUCCCCAGCGCGGGGUACGGCGUGUUCACCGACCCGCGGGAGGCCAAGGCUUUCAUCCGGGCGCAUGGUGCGCCCAUCGUGGUCAAGACCAGCGGCCUGGCGGCGGGGAAGGGCGUCACCGUGGCGCACAGCCUGGAGGAGGCUUACGAGGCCGUGGACGCCAUGCUCACGGGCGGCGCCUACGGGCGCGCGGGCGAGGAGGUGGUGGUGGAGGAGUUUCUGACAGGGGAGGAGGCCUCCUUCUUUGCGUUUGUGGAUGGGGAGACCGUCAUCCCGCUGGUCGGCGCCCAGGACCACAAGGCGGUGGGGGAGGGCGACACCGGGCCCAACACGGGCGGCAUGGGCAGCUACUCGCCCGCCCCGGUGCUCACCCCGCAGCUGGUGGACCAGGCCAUGCAGACCAUCAUGUACCCUACCGCCCGCGGAAUGUGCUCCGAGGGCCGCCCCUUCCGCGGCGUGCUCUUCGCCGGGUUCAUGAUCGAGGGGUCGCAGGUGAAGCUGCUGGAGCACAACGUGCGCUUCGGUGACCCGGAGUGCCAGUCGCUGAUGGUGCGCCUGCGCUCCGACCUGCUCUCCACGCUGCACUCCGGCCGCCCCUUCCGCGGCGUGCUCUUCGCCGGGUUCAUGAUCGAGGGGUCGCAGGUGAAGCUGCUGGAGCACAACGUGCGCUUCGGUGACCCGGAGUGCCAGUCGCUGAUGGUGCGCCUGCGCUCCGACCUGCUCUCCACGCUGCACUCCGUGAUCCAGGGGGAGCCCAUCACCCUCGACUGGGAUCCACGCCCCAGCCUGACGGUGGUCAUGGCGGCCAAGGGGUACCCGGGGUCCUACCGCAAGGACCAGCCCAUCAUGGGCUUGGAGAGCGUGACCGGGGCCAAGGUGUUCCAUGCCGGCACGCGGCUGCUGGAGGACAGACGAGUGGUUUCUGCGGGGGGGCGGGUGCUGGGCGUGACGGCGCUGGGCGACGAUGUGCAGUCUGCCCAGCGCGCCGCCUACUCAGCAGUGGACGCGAUCAGCUUCCCCGACGGCUUCUGCCGGCGCGACAUCGGCUGGAGGGCCAUUGCCAGGGGUUGA